AUGAAGGCUAGUAAGCUACUCAACCAGAUUUUGGAGACUCUUCGAGCUAAUAAGCUGUAUGUCAAGAUCUCCAAGUGUGAGUUCUGGCUGAAGAAGGUGACUUUCCUCGGCCAUGUGGUUUCCAGUGAAGGAGUUUCUGUGGACCCGACAAAGAUCGAAGCGGUUACCAGUUGGCCUCGAUCGUCUACAGUUAGCGAGGUUCAUAGUUUCCUGGGUUUAGCAGGUUACUAUAGGUGGUUUGUGGAAGACUUCUCUCGUAUAGCCAGCCCCUUUACUCAGUUGACUAGGAAGGAGACUCCUUUUGUUUGGAGUCCAGCUUGUGAGAGUAGCUUCCAGGAGCUUAAGCAGAAGCUUAUGUCUGCAUCAGUCCUUACAGUGCCAGAUGGGUCUGGGAGCUUUGUGAUCUACAGUGAUGCCUCCAAGAAAGGACUAGUUGCAUGUUGA